AUGGCACGUGUCCUCCCUCUGGACAUCGAGCCCGGGGAGGCGCCCAGAGCUGGUGAGACGGUUGCUAGCACGCCAAGCUCUUCAGCUGUGGUGUCAUGCAAUAGAAUUGAGCAUUCUGAGCAAAACAUAAAGGACGACGAAUACGCGAUGCUGAUGACGCCAGCUCAACAUGCAACGGCUGACAACAACACAGAAAUUUUACCUCAGCAACCCAAGUCAAGUCACUUCAGUUGGUGGAUGACAGCUCUGCUUGUCUGCUUCCUUCUUACAAUGGCAACUUAUAUCUUUGUGAAAUUUGGAGCCCCCUUUGCCUUUGAGAAGGUUCUUUUUCCAAUCAUGAAAUGGGAAGCAACUGCCUUUGGUCGUCCAGUAUUGGCUCUUGUCCUCGUCGCAUCUUUGGCUCUCUUCCCACUCAUUUUAGUCCCCUCUGGACCUUCUAUGUGGUUAGCAGGGAUGAUCUUCGGUUAUGGCUGGGGUUUCGUGAUUAUUAUUGUUGGGACUACUCUUGGCAUGGUUGGAGCAUAUUGGAUCGGCUCAUUGUUCCGCGAGCGACUACAUGCAUGGUUAAAGAGAUGGCCUCAGCAGAUAGCUCUGAUAAAGCUUGCUGGCGAAGGGAGUUGGUUCCACCAGUUUCGAGUGGUUGCGCUAUUCAGAGUCUCACCGUUUCCAUACUCGAUUUUUAACUAUGCCGUGGCCGUGACAGAAAUCAAGUUCAGCCCUUAUGUAUGUGGUUCAGUUGCCGGAAUGACGCCUGAGGCAUUCAUCUAUAUCUAUAGCGGGCGGUUGAUACGUACGUUGGCCGAUGUGAAGUAUGGCAAGCAUAAGUUGACUACAGUGGAGAUAAUCUACAGCGUAAUCUCGUUCGUCGCUGCCGCUGCCCUCACGGUCGCCUUCACAGUUUACGCCAAGAAGUCGCUAAACAACAUAAAGAGCCCAGAUGAUAUCUCAGAGGACCACCAACCUGCUGCUGGCUCUGCUGGGGUGACUGCACUAAAAAAUGGCCAUCAGGACGUGCAUAUCCUGUAG